AUGUCUGGAUGGGACGCUUACAUUACGUCGAUGACCGCCGCCACGCCGGCAAUCAAGCGAGCUGCCAUUGUUGGAACUGACGGAUCGGUUUGGGCACGCACGAAGGACGAUAAUGUGUUCAAGGCUACCGAGGCCGAGCUCAAGGCAUUCGUCUCGUUGUUCGACGAUAUCGCGAGUGUCCCGGGAAAGGGCGCUGACAUCGAGAAUGUACACUACGUCGUCCCGCGUACCGAGGAGAAUCUCAUUUUUGGAAAACGCGAGAAGAGCGGAUUCUUCGCUGUCAAGACGAAGAGCGCCAUCUUGAUUGCCGUUUAUGAAGGCACCAACGAAGUGUCGGCUCAAGUGAGACAAGCUGUGGAGAACGUUGGCGGAUAUCUCGUCAAAGCUGGAUAUUAA